ACUUAGCCACUGUGAAUUUCACCCCACAACUGCAUGAAUAUAAGGUGCAUUGAUUAGGGUUUUGAACAGUUUGGAUUUUGAUUUCAACCUGUCCUCAGUUAGUUCCCCUGCGAGUUUGCUUUUUCUAGAUGCAAAAAAUGCCUGGGACAGGACAUAAAGAUGUAUUGGUCAAAAUUCCAGAGUCACCAGAGGGGAACAGUGAGCCUGAGAAACCUACAGAUUCUGAUGAGCAAGUAGACUUUGACGGGGAAAAUGAUCAAGAGGAGACAAUGGAGGAAGAAGAAGUUGAGUAUGAAGAGGUAGAGGAGGAGGAAGAAGUAGAAGUGGAAGAAGAAGAGGAGGAGGAGGAGGAGGAGGAGGAAGGGGAGGAGGAAGAAGUAGAAGAGACUAAGCCUUCAGAUGUUAAAGAUGAGACAGGAGUGACAGACACUGAAGAUGAGAAAAAGAAACAUGCUGAGCUUCUUGCACUUCCACCUCAUGGGUCCGAGGUUUACAUUGGGGGCAUUCCUCAAAAAGUUUCUGAAGAAGAUUUGAGCAUAUUUUGUCAAUCUGUGGGAGAAGUUUCAGCGGUUAGGAUAAUGAAGGGCAAAGAAUCAGGUGAAGCAAAAGGAUACGCUUUUGUGACCUUCAAGACAAAGGAAUUGGCAUCUAAGGCUAUUAAGGAGCUGAACAACACUGAACUUAAGGGAAAAAAAAUAAAGUGCUCAACAUCUCAAGCUAAGCACAGGUUGUUCAUUGGUAAUGUUCCCAGAAAUUGGACUGAAGAAAAUAUGAACAAAGUUGUUUCAGAGAUUGGCCCUGGAGUCAUUUCUGUGGAACUAUUGAAGGACCCACAGGUUUCUGGCCGUAACCGGGGAUUUGCUUUUAUUGAGUAUUACAACAAUGCUUGUGCAGAAUAUUCAAGGCAGAAAAUGUCAAACUCAGACUUUAAACUUGGCAGUAAUGCUCCAACAGUUAGCUGGGCAGAUCCAAGGAAUUAUGAAUCAUCUGCAAACUCUCAGGUAAAAGCAUUGUAUGUAAAGAACCUUCCAGGAAACAUUACUCAGGAUCGUCUUAAGGAGCUGUUUGAACAUCAUGGAAAAAUCACAAAAGUGGUUGUCCCUUCUGCUAAAGCUGGCCAAGAAAAGAGCAGAUAUGGUUUUGUUCACUUUGCUGAAAGAUCAAGUGCCAUGAAGGCAUUGAAGAACACAGAGAAAUAUGAAAUUGAUGGACAAACAUUGGAGUGUUCAUUAGCAAAGCCACAAGCAGAUCAGAAGUCAUCUGGGGCAGCUAAUCAACAGAAGUCAGCUAUACUUCCCACUUAUCCACCUCAUCUUGGUUAUGGUAUGGUUGGUGGUGCAAUAGGUGCAGGAUAUGGUGCUGCUGGCUUUGCGCAACCACUAAUGUAUGGUCCUGGACCAACCCCUCCUGGCAUGACAAUGAUGCCGAUGCUUUUACCUGAUGGAAGGAUUGGAUAUGUAUUACAACAACCAGGGUUUCAACAGCAUGCCCCGGUGCUGGAAUCCCAACAUAGGAGGAGGGGCAGCGGUAGUUCAAGUGGUGGGAAACGCAGUAAUGAUAAUAACAGCAAUAGUGGGCUUGGCCGAUAUCAUCCCUACUAAAUGGGCUUUAAGGAGCUAGGAAAUUGAGCAGAUGCACCCGAGGCUUUAAUUGUUGUGAAUGGAGUUGUUACAAUUUUUGUACCAGUACUACAUAUUUGUAAAGGCAUUUACGUAUAAUUUUAUCUCUUUUGUACACUUUUUCGUUCUCAAAUCCCUAAAUAGGCAACAGUGAUCUGAAAAACAUGACAAAUGUUACUAGAUUCCCGAAAGUUUAUGAAUAUGUCUUGUGAUC